UCAUCUUAAAGACUGAAGACAGUCUGUGUGUUAUGUACCUAGUUUACACGCCCACAACAGAUAACGUCAGCAAAGAAGCUGAAACAUAUUCGUGUCAUAGAGCAAACUUGAUAAUAUUCAGUAUAUAAAUAAAUGACGAGUGAUCUGUGCCACGAGUACUAAAGUCUAGAACAUUGUGGCAAGAGGUUAUAGAAAGUCUUGUGCGGGAACGACAUACUGGUGUUACACAUCGCCACAAUGAUUGUAGAAAUCCUGCUGUUCGCGGUGGGAGUAAUUCUGCUACACUAUUGGAUUUCCAGACCUCGGGGAAUGCCACCAGGUCCUAUGGUCAUACCAUAUCUUGGCUCCAGGCUCAUCUUCACUGUCAGCCAAGUGCAGGCGAUGCACAAGAUAUACGGCGACAUAUUCAAAUCUGAAAUAGGGUCACACAAGUUGAUAUUCUUGUGCAGUAACAAACUUAUCAAAGAAGCCUUAGCGAAGGUGGACUUUGCUGAUCGACCACGCCUCGAAGUGGCCCACUUUCUCACGGACGGCCAAGAGGCAGGUGUCAUAAUGAGCAACGGCAAGCGAUGGCAGAACGCUCGGAGGUUCCUGCUGCGCAACCUUCGCGAUCUCGGGAUGGGAAAAACCUACCUGGAGGAGAGCAUCCUGGAGGAGGCCAGAGCGCUGGUCAAGGAUUUCAGAUCCUGCGCCGGGACGCCGGCUAACGUUCCUGAGUCGCUUAAUGUUGCCGUUUUGAACGUCAUCUGGCAGUUGGUUGCAAGUAGGCGCUACGAUCUCCACGACAAGGAGGUGCUCGAACCCAUCGCCAUCUUGAGGUCCAUCGACUCGUCCUCCUUGGCCACACUCGUCGAGUUUUUUCCUGGUGUAAAGAAGCUUCUUCCCGGAUUCUUAGAAGAGAAGUUAUUUGCAGCGCAGAUGAAGAAACUGAAGGACAGCAUCGUAGAUCUACUGAAGGACACGAUAGAUUCUCACAGAGCCACCCUCGACCCGACCAACCCGCGUGACGUCAUCGAUGAAUAUUUGAUAGCCAUAGACGAAAAGAGCGAAAUUGCUGAGUACUUCGGUGAGCUGGAUCUGAUGAGGAUCAUCUUCGACCUGUUCGCCGCGGGCUUUGACACGACGGCCAACACCCUGCGCUGGGUCAUCCUCUACAUGGCCAGGUUCCCCGAAGUGCAGCGCCGCGUCCAACAGCAGAUCGACGAGGUUGUCCCGCGCGACACCUUGCCCUCAUACCAGCACAAGAGUCGGCUGCCGUUACUCGAAGCGACGAUCCAGGAGGUUCUUCGCUCAUCAUCCAUGCUACACAACGGAGUCCAACGCGCAGCUCAGGCUGAUACUUACUUGGGAGGCUACUUCAUUCCGAAGGGGUCGUGGGUGUUCGGGUGCUCGGGAAUAUGCCACAUGGACUCACGCUACUGGGAAGAACCGCAGGAGUUCCGACCCGAGCGGUUCCUCGACCAAGAAGGGAAAGUCAAAACGCCAAAGGAGGGACUCAUACCCUUUGGUUCAGGACGAAGGAGCUGUCUUGGAGAGGCUCUGUCAAGGAUGGAACUGUACAUCUUCUCGGCAGCCCUUCUGCAGAACUUCACUUUCUCUCCUCCAGCGGGCAUCGAGGUCGACCUAGAAGCCAACUCCAAGCAACCCUCUGCACGUCUGUCUAAAGAACAAAAUAUUGUCAUUAGCAUCAGAGAGUGAUAAACUAAUGGAUAUGAACUUUUAGCUUAUAUUUCAAAAUUUUGCUCUACAUCUCUAUAGUAGAUUUUUCUCAGGUAUAACUACAACAUUUCUAUGUAACAUAAUCUAUAUUAGUAGCAUUAUGAAUGAUUAUGAAUUUUGUGUUACUUUUAGUACUAGAUUAUCAUAAUUAUGAAAAGUACUGAUGUUGACAAAUGUAGAAAAGGUAUGAAUGAGAAUAUCUUCACACUGCAAUCGAAACCGGUCAAAUACAUCUUUUGUAUUGUAAAGAUAUUCAUUCUCAUUCAUACCAUUUCUAAUUUAUUAUACUGACAUAAGAAAAAAAAAUCACAUUCUGUAGUGCAGAAUAGGUUUAUGCUUACUCUCUGUAUUGAUAUAUAUAACAGAAAUACUUUGUUUAGUACUGUUGUACAGUCGAAAAAAAAAAGUUGCCUUUACUUGUGGUCAGUGAGGAGCAGAGUGCAUAUUAUUUUCUUUCUAAUCAACAAUAUAUGUUACAUAACAAUAUAUAUCAUUAUAAAGAUUGUUUUUGCUAACA